UUGGUGGUGGAUGGACCCUGGCCAUGAAGAUCGACGGCUCAAAAAGUGAGUUUAUCUAUGAAUCUGAUCUGUGGUCAAACAAGACACACUACAAUUUGACAGCCGGYCAGACAGCUUUUGACAACUACCAAACUAAAUUGCCUAGUUAUUGGGCGGUACCUUUCAACAAGAUUUGCAUUGCCUUCAAGGUUAAAAAUAACCUUAAAUGGGUUGUGAUACCAUAUAAGGGUUUAUCACUUUAUGAUGUCAUCGCUGAUAGAAAAUACCAUUCUACAAACAUCAGCAAAUCGCAGUGGAUGUCUCUGGUUGRUGGAGCCUCGUUGCAGGCUUACUGUAACCAAGAAGGGUUUAAUGUAUUUGGCUUUGCACGCAUUGGUAUCAGAUCAAACCAAGAGAAUUAUUGCGGUUCGUGUGACAGCGCUAUUGGGGUGGGUCUUGGCCGGUCUGUGGGYCUUUCUUGUGGAAACUAUUGUCAAUAUGGGUCGUGCAGUAAUCAUAAAAAGCUAACGCCAGCAUUUGGAUAUAUCUUCGUACAGUGAAAAGAAACKAAAAACUGAUUUUUUCAGUGAAAAUGAAACUAUACUGAAAUCCCGUCAAUCUUGAUUGUUUGAUAAACUGUCCAUUAUCAGGCCAGUGCUCAUUCUCCAAAGCUUAAUUCUAGAUUGCUCGAUCAUUGAAUCGAUAAAAACAUAUCUGAUCAAGCCAGAGUGAAGAUAAAUAAAUKUCAUAUUUACUGAACACGCUAUAACUAAAAUAGUUAGUUAGUUUUAAUCAAAAUGUAAAUAUUACUAUUGACGUCUCUAAAUUAAACAAAUAACUUAA